GCCUGGUCAGGCAGUCUUCUUGGCUGGUUUUAGAGGAGUCAUGCACACCUUUCAGCUGGUCUGACUGAGAGACCAGUUAAACACCUGCUUGGCCAUAAUGGGAAACCAGACAGACCAGUUUGUAUAGACUGUUUGACCACCUUUAACCAGCUACCGUGUUCCAAAACAUAGAUUUUCCAGCUAAAUUUUGUUCAAAUCCAUAUGUGUUACUUCCUACUGGAAUUUGAGAUUAGAGAACAGAAACAUCAACCUAAUAGAUUGGGUGAUAAUUAAAAAGAAGAAAUUGUACAUAUAAUAGUAAUAAUAUCGUAGUAUUUAUGCUAUUCCAGGUAUUUCUUGUAACUAAAACUAUAGACUAUAUUAUUGUCCUUCCCAAAUAUUUCUUUAGGUUGUGCACAAGAAGAUGAAAGCUAACAUGUUAAAGAAAAGAAAGUUAUCCAGACAAAAGAAAAUAGCCAAACAGCUGCAAAAUGUUGAUAAAGAGCCAUUGCCAUCAAAUAGUGAUGGCAUCAGUAUCGACACGGAUAAAACCAAAACAUCUAAUGACACUCAGGACUGUGUUAUGGACGCCUGUCCUGAGGUCACACAGAUGAGACCAGAACAGGAAGAGCUGGAGGCUUUGGGAGUCCUAACAGUGUCAUCUGAACAACAGAAGCAACAGCCUCAUCCUCCUGCUUUCAGAGCAGUCGUUCCAAAGACAGAACCAGACUAUGUCCCCUUAAACCCACCCAGUUUUCAGGUCAAAACUGAGCCUGGCAUUUAUGAAGUGCUGCAGAGAGAGUCUGCCUUGAUUGUGAAGGAGGAAAAUGAGAGUUGGAAGGAAGUGAAGCUUGAGACACCAGAUGAAAUCUCUGUGGGUGCUUCUGGCCUGGAGAAAAACACAGCUUCUUCCUCUGUGGUUUUUCCUUGCCCCCAUUGCACUGUGACUUUCACUGAGUUUACAUACCUGGACAAACACCUCAAAUGGUGCCAUCAAGGUGAAUAUCUGGCUUGGGUAAAAAAACACAAAGUCUACAACUGCUCUAAAAUAUCCUCUGGGAUGCUCAGCUGCUCGUCAUGUCACUAUCGGUUCUUCUCUCAGAGGCAGCUGGAGACCCACAUGCGCAAGGUCCACCUACCCACGCCCAAACCCACCCGAAAACGUUACACCUGCCCGCAGUGUGAUCGCAGCUUCGAUUACAUCGGUAACCUGCAAAACCACUGCCGCAGAUGCCAUGGCUUAGCCACGGUGUGUAAAGAUGGACAUAUUAGCUGUGCCGCAUGCGGUAAAAGCUUUGCCGGAGUCUGGGGUCUCGGACCACAUCACUGCCACGAAGAGGAUGAGAAGAAACCCACAGUGGGUGUCGACGAACCUGUUUGCACGGACCGUGGCUUCUUGUGCCGAGAUUGUGGAAAGAACUGCUCUACGCUUCAAUGUCUGACGAUACACAAACGUACUCACACGGGCGAGAAGCCGUGCGUCUGCGAAGACUGCGGCCGUAGGUUCAUUGAUAUGGGGAGUCUGCGGAAGCACAAAGUCAUCCAUACAGGGAUCCGGCCGUUCAAGUGCCCCGAAUGCGAUAAAGAGUUCGCCAGGAUGGGCCACCUUAGAUGCCAUCUGCGAACCCACACGGGGGAAAGGCCAUACCAGUGCCCCCAAUGCGGAAUGAGUUUCAGCCACCGAUCGACGCUUCGUAUCCAUCAAGACGUUCACUCCAAAGAUAAAGCAUUUCCGUGCCCCGACUGCGGCAAAACAUUCUCUGCUCUAAGGUACGUGAAGGUCCACCAAAGAGCGCACAACUCCGAGCGAAUGCUGCAGUGCAGAGAGUGCACAAAGACAUUUACACGGGAGGACGUGCUCAAGAAACACCUGCGCAUUCACACGGGCGAGCGGCCGUACUACUGUAACGUCUGCAGCAAGCGGUUCGUCCGUAUCCAACACCUGAAGAACCACAUGCGCACGCACACUGGCGAGAAACCAUACCGCUGCGAGCAGUGCGGCUCCAGCUACGCCCAGUCCGGCGAUUUGACCAAACACAUGAGGCGACACACGGGGGAAAAACCCUACGCCUGUACUGACUGCGACCGUCGCUUCAACAACUCAGGCGACCUCGGCAAGCACAGGCGCAGUCACACGGGCCACAGACCCUACAAGUGUACGGAGUGCGGGAAAAGUUUUCUUCUGCCCCAGCACCUGAAGUUACACAAGCAAACGCACACGGGCGAGAGGCCUUACAGCUGCCCGCGGUGUCUCCGCACUUUCACUCGCUCACACCAUCUUUCUCAACACAUGGAAAAGCAUAUAUGAGGAUAAGGAGUCUGCAUCACUUCUGUUUCAUUUGGGGAAAUGGAUUGGGUGUUUAUUGAUGAAUUGGAAAUGAGUUUACUUCUUGAAAGUAGCUGAAUCCAGGUGCAUAGUCUUCCUUUCUGGACUGCCCUUAAAGGGAUAGUUCACCCAAA